UUACUACAGUUGUUAUCAGUCCACAUUAUUUUUCUGCCGCUUUUCUUUAACAAUGACCCUGUGAGAAGGAGUUUCUUCUGACAGAGGUGACACCAAAGGUCUCAAGGAGGAAGUAAAGACGUGCUCCAGCUGCUGGACUUUGGCGGGACGGACAGGGACUAUGUUCUCAUCAGCAGGGAAGCGCGGUUUCACUAUUGAGUCCUUGGUGGCGAAGGAGAGCCCAUUAACCGGAGAAGACCCUAUCCGCCCCACCGCGCUAAGCUACACAGCCCCCUCAGACACUUUUCUGAACGCCUAUCCUAGCCCAGCAAGUCGGGCGCUUUAUCCCAACCCCGAGCUGGUUUUCCCGGACUCCGUUCAGCAUGCGCCCAUCGGCGUGCACCCGCACCAGCUCGGCGGCGCGCACCUCCAGCACCCGCACUUUUUCAGCACGCAACACCGCGAGCCUCUCAAUUUCUACCCAUGGGUCUUGCGAAACCGAUUUUUUGGGCACCGGUUUCAAGGAAACGACGUCUCACAUGACUCGUUGUUGCUUCACGGGCCUUUCGCGCGGAAGCCCAAGCGGAUCCGGACAGCCUUUUCCCCCUCCCAGCUUCUGCGCCUCGAGCGGGCCUUCGACAAAAACCACUAUGUUGUGGGAGCAGAACGCAAACAGCUCGCUAACAGUCUCAGCCUGUCCGAGACACAGGUGAAGGUGUGGUUCCAGAAUCGCAGGACCAAGUACAAACGUCAGAAACUGGAGGAAGAGGGACCAGAGAGUACACAGAAGAAAAAGGGUAAUCACCACAUCAACCGGUGGAGAAUUGCUACCAAGCAGGGUGGAUCUGAGGAUAUAGAUGUCACAUCUGAUGCCUAAAACCUGUUUGUAUAUCAGGCCAAGACACACACAAGGCCAUGAAAAGCUCUAUUUAUUUAUGAUUUAAGAAAUGACUGUGUAUAAGUCUAAAUUUGGCUGCUGUGUUUGUAUGUGAGUGUGUGAGAGAGAGCUCUCCAGUCGGCAUGUAUUUUUUACUAUGUUAUUUUUCUCUCACUGUAAAUGGUUUUUCUUUUGUUCUCCAUAAUGCUGGCAUCAGAAUACCACUAAAGAUCAUUCGAUUUUCGAGCAUUGUUGUGCCAGUGCAUUUACCUUACUAUUGUCAGUUACUAGCGGAGUACUUACACAAUUUAAAUGACUUAUAAAUAAAUUAUAUUGUAUAUUUAAGGGCACAGUUUAAUCAGUUUUUACUGGGGACUUUAAUUCCUGUUACCAGUUGUUAUUUUCAUAUUUUAUUAAGCUUUUCCAGUAGCAGUCAGCAAUGAAGGCAAAACAAACAAAUUGUGAUGCAAGGAAUCAUUUUACAGACCAUCAUUUAGACAUGAUCUACCUUCAGUGGAUGAGUAAGAGCUUGUGUGUGUGUGUGUGCGUGUGUGUGUGUGUGUGUGCGCGCGUGUGUAUGCAUGUGUGUUGAUCUGAAUUCUUGUUUCUUGUUCAGUCAUGGUAAUGCAGGCUGCUGAAUGCAGGUUACAGUGUGGCAGCUCCUAAAUAUUUCUCUGAUUCAUAAACAUAAACUACUGAAAAAUUGCCAACUGUUACAUUAAUGCUUGUAUAAUGUACAGUACAUUUAAAAUAUAAUUUUCCUCAGAAAGGGACAGUUAUAAUAAAUAUGUUUUAGAAACAA